CCUCCCUACGCUCGUUAUGAGCCACUUGCUAUUAACUAUACGGUGACGAGAGAAACAGCAAAAAUCGGCGUACCUGAACCACUCCAAUGGGAAUCCGCCGUGACGUCAUGCGCUUCCGCCGUUUCCGCGAUAACGAAAGUGGCCUGAAUUUUGGGACAAAGGUGGGUCUGAUUCAGGGACAUUAUUAUUCGCGCCCAUGUAAGUGCAAUAGUGAGGUUACACAACGUGGGAAGCAGCAUGCUGUGCGAGAAAAACGCCGCCGUCGGGCCCAACUGGACUCACUCGUCGCUUGCUGGACUGCGCAAAGCAUGGCAUCCGCAUUGCUGCUUCUCGUUGCGCUGGGCAGUUCUGUGUUGGCUCAGGAACGUACCAUGGACGUCCAGCCUGCUGUCAGUAAGCGACUGCCUCGGCACGUCCUGGUGUUUCGUCAAGUGGAGGCGGGUGUUUGUCCAUCGCCAAGUCCAUGCUGGCAGCAGUCUGGCCUGUUUGCUGACCCGAGUGACUGCUGCGGCUUCUUCAACUGCGCCUACUGCCGUGCCUACCGCCAGCGCUGUGCCUUGGGUACAGUGUUCGACCGACGCUUGGGCCUUUGCAAUUACCCGUACGCCGCUCCUCCUUGCCUAGCUCCCAACCCUGGAUGUUACCUCCAUUACUGAGAACCAUCAGCAAGGCAUUUCAAGCAAAGAAGAACGACGCAGUAUUGCUUCACAUAAAUGUCAGGCUCC